AUGAUGCAGAUGAUGCAGAUGCAGAAACAACAACAACAACUGGAUGCUCUCACUAAGCAGCUAUCUUAUCAGAAGGUUGCUUCUGUGGACACUAAUUCUGUGUGUGCCAUUUGUGGGAAGAGCCAUGUUACGGAUGAUUGUGAUUACGGGGGAUCAGUUGAACAAGCAGAAGUGAAUGGGGUAUGGUAUGAUCAGAGGAACCACAACAACCAGGGGCGAAAUAUGUAUAUUUCACCAUGGAAGAAUAAGAAUCAACACCCAGGGUUCAAUUACAGUUCCAAUCAUCAGUUGAAUCCUCCACUGCAUCCUCUUUCAACACACUCAUCACAACAAGGGGUCAAAUUCUUUCAGAGAGGAAACUUUUUCUUCCAUGCAAGAGACAAAAACAGCAUUCAGGAACCAGGAAGCAUCUAUCCGGAAUUUGGAGACACAAUUGGGCAGUUGUCUAGACAGAUAUCUGAGAGGCCACAGGGAAAGUUCCCUGGUGAUACCAUGGUGAAUCCAAAGGAGCAUUGCAAGUCCAUAAUUACAAGAAGUGGGCUUGUGCUUCAACCGGUUAAGAAGAAAGUGGAAGAAAAGAAAGAUGAGGAGGAAGUUGUCAUCGAAGAUGUUGUUGUUGAAAAAGAAGAAGAAGAAAAAGAAAUUCAGAAGCAGCAUUAUGCAAGGUUUCUGGAUAUUUUCAAGAAGUUGCAGAUCAACAUUCCAUUUGCUGAAGCUUUGGAGAACAUGCCACACUAUGCAAAAUUCAUAAAGGAUCUUCUGUCUAAGAAGAGGAAGUUGAAGGAUGGUGAGACUGUGGCAUUAACAGAGGAAUGUAGUGCCCUGAUUCAGAAGAAGCUUCCUCCAAAGUUAAAAGAUCCAGGAAGUUUCAGCAUCCCUAUUGCCAUUGGAGAUGUGGAAGUAGGAAAAGCACUGUGUGAUUUGGGGGCCAGCAUAAAUUUGAUGCCAUUGUCUGUCUAUAGAGCUUUGGGGAUUAACAAGUUGAAAGAUAACAAUGUUAUUCUGCAUCUAGCAGAUAGAUCCAUCAAGAGACCAGAAGGGGUGGUAGAAGAUGUUCUGGUCAAGGUGGAUAAAUUCAUUUUUCCUGUGGACUUUGUGAUACUUGAUAUGGAAGAAGAAGAUACUGAAAGCCCUCUACUUCUAGGGAAGCCAUUCUUAGCAACUGCCAGAUCCCUGAUUGAUGUUGAACAAGGGAAGCUGAUGCUAAGGGUGAAUGAAGAAACAAUUACAAUAGAUGUGUUUGAAGCCAUUAAACAUCAUGUAGAUGUGGAGGAUUGUUUCAGAAUUGAUAUCAUACAGGAGGAGAAACCAGUGGUUGAAGAGUUGGAAAAGAAGGUAGAUGACAUUCCUAAGGGAGCACCUAAGGUGGAACUGAAGGAAUUUCCUUCAAAUCUUAAAUAUGUGUUCCUUGGAGAUGAUCAAACAUACCCAGCCAUUAUCAAUGCAUUGUUGUCUGAAAGGGAGGAAGUGAAGUUAGUUGAGGUGCUCAAGAAGAACAAGACAGCCAUGGGUUGGUCAUUUUCAGAUAUUAAGGGUAUCAACUCUUCCUUCUGCACUCAUAAGAUAUUGAUGGAAGAGGAG